AUGUAUUUUACCUUUGUGCUUGCUUCUUUCACAAGCUUGCUUGCAUUCAUUCCUUCCGCUUUUGCAGGCUUCAGCUCCUCCUCUAACACCAAUAUCGCCAUCUAUUGGGGACAGAACUCUUACGGUCAGGGGACUGGGUCCCUUGCUCAGCAACGGCUGUCUUAUUACUGUGCAAGCACUGAAUUCAACAUAAUCCCCCUUGCCUUUCUAAUCACCAUUGCCAACCCAUCCCUAAACUUCGCCAAUGCCGGCGACAGCUGCACUACAAUCUCCGGCUCAAACCUCUUCUACUGCCCUCAACUCGAACAAGACAUCGCAACCUGCCAAUCCACUUACGGAAAGACCAUCCUCCUAUCCAUCGGCGGAGCAACUUACUCAGAAGGCGGCUUCUCCUCCUCUGCCGCUGCCGUCACCGCCGCAAACAACAUAUGGUCCAUCUUCGGGCCCCGCACCUCCUCUUCAUCCCCACGUCCUUUCGGCUCAUCCGUCAUCGACGGCUUCGACUUCGACUUUGAGUCUAGCGUCUCAAACAUGGUGCCAUUCGCCAACCAACUGCGGUCCCUAAUGACCGCCUCCACCGUCUCUACGGGGAAGAAAUACCUCUUAACAGCCGCACCGCAAUGUCCAUACCCCGACGCCGCAGACGGAGCAAUGCUCGCUGGCGCCGUCUACUUCGACGCCAUCUGGGUCCAAUUCUACAACAAUUAUUGCGGCCUCCCCUCCUUCACCAUCGGUUCCAGCACGCAAAACAACUUUAAUUUCGCGACGUGGGAUAAUUGGGCGAAGACCGUGUCCCUCAAUCCCAAUGUGAAAAUCAUCCUCGGUAUCCCUGCUGCGCCUGGUGGAGGCAGUGGGUACGAAUCCGGCAGCACUCUUGCCAGUAUUAUUGCGUAUUGUAAGGGAUUUAGCAGUUUUGGUGGGGUCAUGAUGUGGGAUAUGAGUCAGCUCUAUUCGAAUCCGGGGUUCUUGGAUGCGGUGAGCAGUGAUUUGGGAUUGCCAGCUUCUGGUGGGGGAGGGACUACGACGAGUGCGACUGCUACGACGCUUAAGACUGUGACGAAAACGACGACGACGACUGCAGCAACGAGUACGGCGACGGGAACGGUGGGCCAGUGGAGCCAGUGUGGCGGAAUUGGAUAUACCGGCUCGACGGUGUGCACGCCGCCGUACGUCUGUGUAACGACUUCGGUUUGGUGGGCUCAGUGCCAGUAA